AGUAGGCUAUUCUGAAUUAUUUCAUUUAUUUCUGAACAGACAGCAGUUAUUCUAUAACUUUGGCAAAUCUAUUUCAAUUUAACAGAACCCUUCGCGCAGAGAUUAUUCAAUAAAGAAAUAAAUGAUGAAGUGCAAUGCUGGAGAGAUGAGAGUUGCAGGGUCAUGUCUAUCAGAGCAGAGAGAGGGAGAGAGAUCAUAUAAAGUGAAUUUCAUUCUAGUUCUGUGAGAGAUACAGACGCGCUAUUCACACUACUCACACAGCUGUGGCCACGGAUUUUGGUCUCAAACAUAAGUUACAAUGUUAUGCAAACCAUAAACCCGGGACAAGGCCUAUAUAUAUGAUCCAUAAUAAUCAAUGAUAGAGGCCAAGGGUAACCCCACACUUAUAACAAUAAUCCACAUCAAUAGGAUAAAUGAACUGCACCAAUGUUCUUGUUGCAGCUGUGUCGGUUCGAUCCUGUUCUGCAUUCAUGAGGACAAUUGUCAGUCUCACGCUUUCAAUUAGGUUAGAUGAAACACCAUUACAUCAGGAUUCGAUGCGGUUUGACUGAUGUUGGGUCAGGGAUUUGGCACAGUCAUGCAACUAUUCUAAAGUUGGAGGGCGAGGGAGACAGAUGGAUAGCAACAAGACCAGAGGCUGAUAAACUGUCCAGAAUUACUUAACAGCUGGAUACUUCAUUGAGAUAGUUACUUUCCCCUUUCAGCAGAAACAACUUUGGGUUAGUUAAUUGGAAACAUUUAAGAUUAAAAAAAAAAAAAAAACAGACCCUUUUUGGACGUUUUGGCAUUUGUGCUUAUCUUGAAGGACUUCUUACUAAUUUCUCAUUCAGACAGAACAGAAGUAAAACCUGUAACCUGCUGACAAAGUGAUGGUUGUUCAUCUUCUGCUUUGGAGCUAUGAUCUCUGAGGCUGACAGACAGGGAGCAGUUAGACCCAAGAGGUCACCGUCAGACGGGCACAGGGAUAGGGACAGGGACCGCAGCCCCAGACGGAGAGCAGAAGCUGACCAACACUAUUUACAGGAGAGACAUCAGGAGGGCAUCGACGACCUCCCUGCAGGGAAGAAACAAAUGAUGGAGAAGUUUUUCACUCCUGUUCAUAGUCCUCCUCCAGGUGGGAUCACAUCACAGAAGCACCGCCAUCACAACCCCGAUCAUCACCACCAGCACCAGGAUCAAGAAAGGGAGACACACAGCAGGUCACGGGACAAUGAUAGAGGCAGCAGUGAACGCCACGGUCACCACCAUCACCACGGUAACCAUCUCCAAGAUGACCAGGAGCAAUCCCAUAGACGUCACCAUCAUCCUCAGCACCUUUAUCACGACAACGAAAUGUCGGACCACCACACCACCGUCACCCUCUCCAGAGCAUCUUCCUCCUCCCUUUCAUCUUCCUCCUCCUCCACCGACUCUUCCACCGAAUGGUCCUCUGAGGCCGGCAUUGACGACAAGUUCUCCCUGAAGCAUGCCAGCCGGCCGCAACAUACCAUGUCCUGCUCCAACAUUGCAGGAGGACGACAGUUCCGGGAGGAUGACAGUGAGCUUCAGGUGUGCGCCACCGUCAAACAGGGGCGAAUGCAUGGAGGAGGAAACCCUGGGACACACCAUCGGGCCCAGGGGAGGGGAGGACACGAGCCCAGCUACUCCGAGCUCAACCGGUGCCACAGCCGCAGUGAAGAGGGGCUGCUGCAGAACACAGGCACUGACAGAGGGAAAGCACGGACACCCCCACACCUGAAGCACGGACCCCUCUACAAGACAGCCAGCCUGGGCCGGAGCCUGGCCUUCAGUGAAGAGGUCCUGGCUGGGCCGAAGAGGGCGGUGUCCUCUAUCCAACUCCCCAGUAAAGGCAUCCUGAAAAACAAGGAGGCUCCGCGGGACAUCCGCAAGGCCAAGUCCAUGGAGGUGCUGUCCCCCCGGGUGGCAGGCAAGGAGGCAGGGCCCAAGGGGAAGCAGGAUGUGGAGGCUCUGAAGGACGCAGCCAGGCAGAGCAUGGUGAAGGGGAAGAUACAGUUCUCUGCUUUCCUGGAUGAGAUCACUAAACAGGUCAUCAGCCCCGCCCGUCUCAAUACUCUGGGGGUCCCUGUCGAGACCGUAGGACUGGGUCCAGCCAAAGCCCCAGCAUCCCCCAAAUCUCAACUGAAAAGUCAGCCCCAGCUUCCCACGAAAAAGCAGGGAGAUGGGCAGGGGGAGGAGAGGGAAACAGUUACUAAACCGCAGGCUCUGCCUAGGAAACUGAGGAAUGACUCUGACACACGGUCACGGAAAAUAUCUCUCCCUGCAAAGUUUGGGUAUGAAAGCAAGAACCACACUCCUCGUCUAGGCAGCCCCCCAACCCGCCACUCCAGCCAACCCUACCCACCCCACCCACCAGCUGGCUAUGAAGACCAACCAGCCUCCCUGCCUGACUUCCAGGGUCCUGUCGGUAAUAGGCAUGGACGGUACGGCCCGCUUCUUACAGACGGCACUGUCUGCUCUAGCCCUGAACCCAGCCAUCACAAACACUGGAGCUACAAACACCUUGACCAGAGCCACAGGCCCUGCCAUAGCCCACCUUCAUCUCCACACACCCAGCAACCCCAGCUACCCCACCGCACCCCGAUCCGCACACACUCCCCUCCUCCAGUGCCAGGGCCUGAGUCGGAGUCUCCCUCCAGCAAGUCGGACUCGUCCCGGAACAGAGACCGAGACACGGCCAGCCCCAGCUCCGAGCAUAGCGACCGACACAACCGGUCAACCUAUCGCUGGCGUCCUAAGCCACACAGGGCCUUGACGGGUGACAUAGGCGAACUCCAGGCACUGCAGGAGGAAAAUGCUGAGCUGCACCAGAACCUGAUGCAAACAGUGGUCUGCAUCGAGAGCCUGGAGGCGGAGCUAGCCAGGGCCAGGGAGGAGCUUGGCCACAUGAAGGAGAAGUUCAAGAGGCUCCAGGACACACACACAGGUACCCAGCACACCAACAGCCUUCUGGGGGAGCAACUGCACUCAGCGACCGAGAGCCUUAGCUCUGAGAGGAAAUAUAUGGUGCAGCGUAUCACCAUUCUCAGCACAGAGCUGGAGCAGGCCAACGUCACCAUCGCCUCUCUGGAGAACAUCAAUGUUCCCUGUCUGAUCAAGGAGCUCCUAGAGAAGCACUUUGACUCUGGAGACACUGUCAAGCAGUUCCUGAAGAAUGCCUUGAAAACCGGCCAAUCCACAGGCGACAUUCAAUCACCCGCUCCAAAACUGGAGCAGAAGCCGUCUGAUUGGUCAGGCGCAGGACUGAGGGAGUUUGAGGCGAGUCCACAAAAGGUCACUUCUUUUGUGCCCUGGAAGCAGGAGGAGGGGUUUGGGGUGAUAGGUCAAACAGGAAAUGAGGAUUCUCCCCCGAUGAGUCCCCCUUUCUCCGUCGCUGACAUCAGUAUGGCUAUCUAUAAGAAGCUAGCUGCCAGCCAAGCAACAAGACAGCCCAGGCCUUCCAACUACCAACCUCACACUGACACCCCUCCCAACCCCUACCCUCUGGUGGAGUUGGGUACAGGGGGUGCAGGAGGUGCAGUGGGGGAGGGUUACCUUCUGCCUGCUGUCAAGGGGGGCGUGGCAGGGGCAGGGAGAGCAGCUGAGAGUAAGCAGGGUGCUGUUGUUGAUGUGUCCUAUCUGAUGGCCCAGAGGGUUCUGGAUGAGUUCAUGCACCAGCUGACACACCCAGAGGAUGGGAGUGGAGGUGGGGGGAGGGGGCACAAGGCCAACGGGGGAGGGGGAGGGGGAACAACUGAAGAGAGGGGUGCGGAGUGA